CACAGCUGAAGAUUUACUUCAGUUAUCAGGCAACAGCAAUGAGAGUUCCAUGGAUUCUUUCCUUCAGACAUUUGAGGAAAUUGAGGAGUUCCUCCAGGACCUCUCUGAGACACUUAAGGCAAGAACCCCAGCUGCACCAGAGCCACAGCUCUUUAUACCUCUGACUGCCCAUGGUGAGGACAGCCAACAUGAGUCAAUCCAGAGCCAGGUAAUGACUUCCCCCACAAUUCUGAUUUCUGCUUGUUCUAACAUCCCUGGGAUAGUCCUUGUCCAGAACUCAACACCACCCCCUGUUAAAGCCCUUGAUAUGCCCCCUGGAGACCUAAGUGAGACUUUUUCCAUGGGCCAGGUGACCUCCUUUGAUCAGAGAAAACCCACAGCAACCUCCCAGAGGACAGAUGUCACUGACACCCCGAAGACAUCAUUCAGUGAUUGCCAAAAGACAACCAUCACUGCCAACAAGAUGACAAUCCUCAAUGAAGGUAGCCAGAUGAAGACCCUCAGUGAUGACCAGACCCUCUAUGGAGGCCAGAUGACCUUCAGUGGGGACCACACCCUCACUGAGUACCAUACAAUGACUUCCAGUGGUGACCAGACCCUAAAUAGGAGAGAGAUGACAACCGUGUGUGAAGAGCAGGUGAAUACCCUCAGUGAUGACCAGACCCUCUAUGGAGGCCAGAUGACCUUCACUGGGGACCAGACCCUCUAUGGAAGCCAGAUGACAGCGCUUAAAGGGGGCUAUACAGUGACCUUCACUGGUACCCAGACCUUCACUGGGGACCAGAUGACAACAUACAGUGGUGACCAGACCUUCUAUGGGAGCCAGAUGGUGACUUUCGGUUGUGACAAGACCCUCUAUGGUGGUCAGAUGAUGACCCUUAAGGGGGACCAUAUGACAGCCUUCACUGAUGACCACGCUCUCUGUGGAGGCCAUAUGAUGCCACAUCGAUCGUCAUUGCCAUACCCAGGAUUCCUGUACUUUCCAAGUUCCCAUUUGAUCCAAGGACAAUCUCUAGAAAAGCAGAAGUGGAACCUCAAGACCCAGAGAUGUCAGUUCCAGAAGAAUCCUGACAUUUUGAAGCCCUACACCUGCACAUACCAGGACUGUGGGAAAUCGUAUACAAAGCCUUCCCACCUCCGAAUCCAUGAGCGCAAACACACUGGGGAGAAGCCCUACGAAUGCGAUGUGAAGGGAUGCACGUGGAAAUUCUCCCGUUCAGAUGAGCUCAGCAGACACAAGAGAAAGCACAGUGGGGAGCGACCCUACCUGUGUACCAAAUGCAACAGGACUUUUGCACGAUCUGAUCACUUAAAGCAGCAUCAAAGAGUCCACAGAUAAUUUUUGCCAAUGACUAUGAACCCAUCAGCCCACGAGGAAAUGAAAACAGCUGAAAGAGUCUCCCUACUAAGACUUUGUUUGCUCGGCACCUAGCACUGUGCCAGCAUGUAGUCAGCGCUUAAAUAUUAUUUGUAAACUCUUAAGGUUUUCAUUUAUUUUUUUCUAAAACAUACAAGGAAUACAUGUAUGUAUUUCAGUAGAAUCAGAAGCACUCUUCCUUCCCUCCCCUCUCCAGGGGUGACUAUUUUUAUCAGGGCGCUAUGAAUCCUUCUAGAUCUUGCUCUGUGCAUUUACCUCUGUGUGUACAUGUAAAAAUGUACAUAUGUAGACGAUUGAAAUGUAGACAUAGUGCAGAUUUGUAAAGAAUGUAGUAUUCUGUAUCUGAGCUCAUGUUUCUUUGGAGCUCCAUUUCUAUGGGGUUAAGAGAAGGGGAACACUUGGUCACUUGAGGUAUUAAAUGGUCCCAGAAUAAAUGAAACGUAUUUGGAUGAGUACUUAAUCAAUUCAAAAGUUGAACUUCCCGUCAUGACUGUUUCGUCUCUCAGGCAAGGUG